AUAACUAAAGAAAUCUCAGAAUACUUCAUAGGAGAUUACAGUCAUGGCGGACGUAGAUGAAAGAAAUUCACGUGAAGUGAAAGAAAAUAGUACGACUGUGCGGGGUAAUAAACAGUGGGUUCGUCUAAAUGUUGGGGGUACAUAUUUUUUGACAACAAAGACAACACUUUCUCGUGAUACUAACUCGUUUCUAUUCAGGCUGUGUCAAGAAGAUUCGGAUUUAAUCUCAGACAGGGAUGAAACAGGCGCAUACCUCAUUGAUAGAGAUCCUACAUACUUCAGUCCUGUUCUGAAUUAUUUAAGACAUGGGAAGCUGGUCAUAAACAAAGAUUUAGCAGAAGAAGGAGUUUUAGAGGAAGCAGAAUUCUACAACAUAACAGAGCUUAUCCAUCUUGUGAAAGAACGCAUUUGUCACCGAGAUGCUCGACCAUUAAGGGAUUCAAAGAAACACGUAUAUAGAGUAUUACAGUGUCAUGAAGAUGAACUCACACAGAUGGUCUCAACAAUGUCUGAUGGUUGGAAGUUUGAGCAGCUGAUUAAUAUUGGGUCACAGUACAAUUAUGGGAAUGAGGACCAUGCAGAAUUUCUUUGUGUGGUUUCGCGGGAGUAUGGGACAACUGCACUCAACUCAAAAGAAACUGAGCCAACUGACAGAGCAAAGGUUUUGCAGCAGAAAGGAUCACGGAUGUGAAUCUUGGUUGGAGUAGGCAUCCAGUUUCAAAGAUUGGAAUCUGGACUCAAUUUUUUAUUUCUGCAGCUUUCAGUCUAACAGAUGUGUUUAUAAUGUGUUGGGCAUAAAAAUAACCCCAAGAGAUUACCAGAAGGUAGUGAGUUGCUCAUAGAGAUCCACAGUUGGGUUGCUGGAGUCGUGUUGGAGUGUUGACAUUCACACAAGAUUGUCCUCGAAAUUGAAUGUUAUUUUCCGAGCUUGUCCCAUGAUGUGAGAAUUGAUAUCCAGGCAUUUAUGCAGUGGGGCUGUGGAAGUGAUCUUCUCCCAGUAGGUAUGAACUAUGUUAAACAUGCUAAUUCCUGUUUAAAGGGAGAACUUUCGUUUUAUAGUUAUAUAUUAUGAUCAGGUUUGAAAUACCAUUUCUCUCCUCAAUUCUGACUGUAAGCGCACAUAUUUUCUGUACUGGUUGUGUGAAUUUCCCCUAGUUCACAGCUGAUAUUUGUGUGGUUCCCCCUUCGUGCAAGUGACCUGCAGUUGGUCAUUAUUUUGCUGACUUCUGUUGCUAUAGCAGGAGAAGCACUGGUGAAGAAUUUUUUUAAGAUUUUACCUUUUAUUAGCCUGCUGCAUGAUCUGUAGUCUUUUGCUAAGAAUCAAAAAGGAAUUGGAGACAUUAACAUUAGUUCUUUUUCAUAUUGAACUUUUUGGCAGCGGAUUAAUAAUAAUGAACCACAAAGACUUUUUAUGUUUCUAUUCAUCCUUUCUGAGACUUCUUAACUUCUUGUAAUUGUUCACUCCCAUAUUAUCACUGAGGAGGUAAGUCCACAUUGAAGUGUACAUUGUUCCAGGACAUUGUUAUGUUUGAUAUUUGAGACAGGAGUAUUUAUGCUGUUUCAUUAUUUUGCGUUUAUUCAUAAGAUUUUUCUCUUUUUAAAUGUGCAUUAGAAAUGUUAAAAUGUAUUAAUAUUGAUCAGCUUUGUUACAUUGGGUAUGUAAUAUUUUAGUCCAAUUUGUUGGUGAAAGUAUAAUCUAUCAUGACAGGAAAGGACUAGUACUAUGUAUAUAAUUUAUGAAGUGCUCAAAUUAUGAAGAAUCAAACUUUUUUUUUUAAUUCUGCAGUUUGGUAAUGCUUGAAAGGUUUUUUAUGGCAAAGUAGAAACUUCUGAACUCAUCUGACCAUUUUACAAAAGGAAAAAAAUAAUCUCAUGACAGUAACCACAAAAUACUCAGUUCAACUCAUAAUGAUGUAAAUAAAUGCCACUACAUACUGACAUGCCAGCUGGUUUGUUUUGUGGUAGACGUCCAAGAGAGUAUGCUUUUAAUGUUUAUGUAUGCAGUUAAAAAUGUGAAUAACAAGACAGCUUAGUAGAAAUUGUAAAUAUCUGUUGACUUUUCCACCAGUGUUGUCAUAACGCACAGCUUUCGUUCUUCUCUACCUUCCAUAAACAAUGCAACGCUUUUCCUGUUUUGUUUUGUAUAUCUUUUCUCACUUGGUCUGUGUAGUUCCUUGUAAAUCAAUGAGUGUUUAUUCAUUUAUUUUUUUUAAUGCUCGUGACAAAGAAAAAUAGAAAUUUAUGGAAAUCUGAUGAAAUUCCAUAAACAUGACAGAAAUAUGUAUGGCAUUUUAUAUCAGCAGUGUCCUUGAACAAUGUUGGUAACACACGAGAUGUGGAUAUUCUGUUACUGUGAAGACUGCAAGUCAUGACCUUGCCAUUUUAAUAUUUAUAUCAUGGUAUGUUGUAUGUUAUUUCAGAAAACAGUGGUAUAUGUUUUUUUAAUGAUGUUUAUUUAUAGUAUGGAUAUUAGUGAAGUAAAUCCUGUUAAGGAUAAUUAGAACAAUAUAAAAGAUAUUGGCUUGCA